UCAAGAUGACCGUUUCGGACCGGAGCGUCUCGUCCCUAAAACCCCAAUUCUCCCUCUUCACCGAUUUCUUCGGAUUUCUUUUGUCUUUUGUCUCGUCUUUUGGGUGAGGGAUUCGAAACCCUAGAAAUCUCGACAGAGACUCCUCCAUCGGCCGUUCAGGCUUGCGAUUGUAAGCUUCACCGAAGAGAAUGUUAUGGUUUCCAGAUUCAUGAGGUAACUUAAAGAAUUUUUUUAUACCAUGGCAAGAGGGAAAAUAUUAGCUAUUUGCCAAUCUGGUGGAGAAUUUAUUACAAACAGUGAUGGAUCCAUGUCUUACUCUGGUGGUGAAGCACAUGCAAUUGACAUUAACUGUGAAAUGUCACUCAGUGAUUUGAGGUCAGAGAUAUCUGCUAUGUUUAACUUCAAUGCUGAUACAUUUUCAAUUAAGUACUUCCUUCCAAGAAACAAACGGACUCUCAUCACGAUAUCUAACGACAAGGACUUGCAGCGCAUGGUUGAUUUUCAUGCAGAUUCAGAUACAACUGAUAUAUUUGUCACAAAGAAGGUUGAAAGCAGGAUAAUUAGGAGUGUUGUAGCUGACUCUGGUACCUCCACUGACGCCAAUACUGCCUCAGUAGCUACCCUUGAGGAAGCUAAACGGCAGAAAUUAUGCAUCAAUUGGGACAGUAUGAUCACUGGUGUAGGGCAGGUAUUCUCUAGUCCAAAGGCUUUUCGCGAUGCAUUGCACAAAUAUGCCAUUGCAAAUAGCUUCAUGUAUAGAUUCAUUAAAAAUGACGGAUCUCGUGUAACUGCUGAAUGUACUGUCGAGGAUUGUCCGUGGAGAAUACAUGCAUCCAGGUCAUCAGCCAAGCAGAAAUUUAUGAUUAAGAAGAUGAAUGACAUUCAUACAUGUGGAAAGGAACUCAGUAAAGAAAGUCGUCGGCUUGCGUCUCAAAGAUGGGUUGCUAGUAUUAUUAAGGACAAGUUGCGAGACACACCAAACUAUAGGCCAAAGGAUAUUGCAAAAGAUCUCCAACAAGAAUAUGGACUCAGCUUGAACUACUCACAAGCUUGGCGUGGAAAAUUUAUUGCCAAGAAAGAGCUUCACAACUCGCAUGAAGAGGCUUUCAGUCAGUUGUCCUGGUUCUGCGAGAGGAUAAUAGAGACCAAUCCAGGUAGUGUUGCAACAUUACAUACAUCAGAUGAUUCUAAAUUUUGUUUCUUUGUCACCUUUCAUGCCUCACUUUAUGGGUUUGAGCAUGGUUGCCGCCCCCUCCUUUUUCUUGAUGGUUUAUCUCUGAAAGCAAAUAAACAAUGGAAGUUAUUGGCUGCAACUGCAGUUGAUGGCCAGAAUGAUAUCUACCCAGUUGCAUUCUGUGUCCUAGAUUCUGAGGCUAGUGAGAACUGGCAUUGGUUUUUGGUACAGCUGAAAUCUGCCUUUACUCUGUCUCGUGCCAUCACCUUUGUUUCUAGCAGUCAAAAUGGUUUGGAGGAGUUACCUGAGGUAUUUGAGGACAGUUUUCAUGGGUACAGCGAACAACAACUGAUUGAAAAUUUUAAGAAAGAGAUGGACGAGUCCUGGACACAGGAACUGAAGAAUAAAAUGGUUGGUCAUCUUAAAAGAGCCAUAUGUGCUUGUAAAGUUGAUGAGUUCAAUGAAUCCAUUGAAAACCUCAGGAUUCAGUCCAAAGAACUUGCUGAAUGGGUUUUGGGUAUGGAACCGGAAUUCUGGUCUGAUGCCUUCUUCAAGGGUUUGAGAUAUGGGCAUUACUCGUCUGGUGCUGCGGAGAUAUUCAAUGACUGGGUAUCAACAAGAUACGAGCCAUCGGUGCUUCAGAUAGUUGACAUCCUAAGGUGUAAGUUGAUGGAGAUGAUGUACAGCCGUCGUGAGUCUUCAAACACAUGGACUGAGGUGCUGGUACCUUCUGCCAAUCAGAAGGUACAAGAGGAGAUGAUCAAAGCGCGCUCCCUGAGUGUGGCUUGUUCCAGUGACAGUGUGUUUGAGGUAAGCGAUGAGUCGACCAAUGUCAUAAACAUCGAGACUAGGGAAUGCACAUGCCGAAGGUGGCAGGUUACGGGCUUACCUUGCAUGCAUGCUCUUGCUGUGCUCGAACGCAUGAAUGGAUGCAUAUAUGAUUACUGUUCCAAGUACCUCAUGACAGAAUGCUACCAGCAGGCAUAUUCAUUGUCCAUCAAUCCCAUACCUGACGUCGGUGGGCCGGUCUGUGCUGAUUCUUUCCAUGCUGCAACUACAUGCCCUCCUCGUACCCGCCGGCUGGCAGGCCGACCGAAAGAAAAGCCCGCAGAACCAAGGAUUAUAAUUAAAAGAGCAGUUCGCUGCAGCAGGUGCCAAGGGUUAGGGCAUAAUAAGCAGACAUGCAAAGCACAAAUUUAGGUGUAGUGCCCUUCUUUUGUAUCCAUAUUAUUUCUUCUUUUAGGUUGUACUUAUCUAUGUUUAAAUUGAAAAUCGAGCUGAUUUAUAAGAAAUUUGUCAAUUGGGAUUUCAGAUGCUAGGAGUCAAGUAGGAAGAGAGAAUUUUAGGUAUCUUUCCCCUAUUUCUGUUUCUUUCAAACCAAAGAAUUUUAGCUUCCAAAGUAUUGAUUACUUUGCUGUUGAUUGAGA